AUGGUAGUCUUUGUCGAUUAUGAAGAUGAUUCGGAACCUCCAGAGCAAAAUGUAACCGGAUUGCACCAUUUACAGAAUGGAAUAAAUGGAUUCCAAAAACCCGUUUGGGGUGGUUUUGGAGACGCGAACAAGGGGGCAAAUAUACGCGGAUUGAUGUUGGAGGAUGGUAGGGAGAAUCCAAAUAAAAAUGUAAUUACAGAAGCAUUGGGCUGUUAUCCUAUCAUAUCAGCCAUAGGAUCUCAUAUCGAUCUUAACACCCUCGAUGCACUCUCCCGCACAUGUCGUCAGAUCCGGGUCAAUCUCCUACAAUUCCGCUCGAAGCUCCUUACAUCAACACUUCACUGCGAAAAUGAGGAGUUAGAACUCGACCCUGAGCAUACAUUUCGCUAUCGGGCACGCGCCGCAGAUUAUUAUUUUGUAGAAAGCGGACGAGAUGCACACGGGAGUGGAAAAGUGGGAGAUUGCGCAAGAGAUUUAGUAGGAGAGUGUCGGAAGUGCGGAAGGGUGGUCUGUAGGGUAUGCGUUCUUCGUGAAAGGAUUCUAGAUGUGUAUUUCCAUAUGUGGGAUAUCGAUUGGUUUUGUGAUCACUUAAAUUGCACUAUCAAACCACCCGGUCCUGUUCUCCUACGUCAUCGUCAUCGACGUAUAUGCAAGAUAUGCUCGAAGGCUCCUCUUGCCUCUUUAGUCGCUACCUCUUCAUCGCCUUGUUCGUCCUCUUCUUUCUCAAUUACUCACGAUGACACCCGUUCAUUAUUACCAGAAACGAUUAAAGACUCUCUAUGUAGUUGUCCAACGGCAGUCUGGCUCUGUCAACCCUGUGGUCGCUCUCUGCGCUCCACCGACCAAGAAUACGAAGGUAUCUGGAAAUGGCGCACACGCUAUCUACCUUCUCUCGGAGGUCUCGGUGUCGGCAUCGGAGAAGGAAACCGCGGUGUCCCCUGCGGUCGCGGUAGCUCCUGUCUAGCCGCAAUAGAAGUAGAACAAGAGACUGAUUGUGAUGCCGAAGAUGCCCGAGAAUUCGAAGAAAACAGUCGAGCCGGAAGUCCGGCUUCGAGUCCCGGAAAUAGUAUAUUUGGAGGUGCAAGCCCUAAUACUAGUGAGAGGAACUUAAGUCUAGGUCCUGGAUAUGCAAGGCAUGAAAUUGAAGGAAUAGGAGGCGUUGUUAAGAAGAAGAGGGUGAAGAUGAUAAAAGUCGGGGCUUGUGUACCGGAAUUUGGGGAUGAGAAGGCGCAGGGGAGAUAUUUGGUUAGGGAGAUGGAAGGAAGGGCGAGGAGCUGGUGUGGUUGGUGUCAUAGGGUUGUUAAAGGGGGUGAUGAUAUUAUUUAG